AUGUACACCAUCCCAGCCGUCCUCCUCUCUGCUCUCGCCGCAGUCUCUGCCGCCCCAACUCCCGUGGAGGAGAAGCGACAAGCACCCUUCGAGGUGACUGAGCAAGCACCAUGGAACUCCGGCGCCGUCACCCAGUGGCGAGUCCACUCCAGCUGUAACUCCUCCGAGGCAUACCAGAUCAGACAAGGUCUCGAUGAGGCCGUUGAGCUCGCCAGCCAUGCCAAAGCCCACAUCAACCGCUGGGGCAACAGCAGCGAGAUCUACCAGAAGUACUUCGGUGGCAACCCCACGGUCGAGGCUGUUGGAUCUCUGGAUGUCAUUAUCAACGGCGACAGGUCUGGUGCUCUCUUCCGCUGUGAUGACCCUGACCAGAACUGCGUGAACAUGCCAGAUUGGGCGGGCCAUUGGCGUGGCAACAAUGCAUCUGACGAGACGGUCAUUUGCCCAACCUCGUACGAGAUUCGCCGGCCGCUCGCAGGUGUCUGCGGCUUGGGAUGGAAUGUCAGGCAAGGAGGACGGACUGUGUACUGGGGCUCUGACCUUAUGCACCGUCUCUGGCACAUGCCCGCAUUCGGCCAAGGCUACGUUGACCACUACGCGGAGGACUACGACUCCAUCCUCGAGGCUGCCUCAGCGAACAGCCCGAACGCAACUAAGGACUCGUACGGUCUGAUCUACUUCGCCCUCGAGGCCUUCGCGCACGAUGUCAUCUACCCAGGAACAGGCUGCCCGGGCCCAGCGGGCGAACUUCCAGCAUCUUCAUCGCCUGCAGCUGCCGCCAGCGCGACCUCUUCAGCAGCUUCCAGUGCAUCAGCCCCUGCCGUGACCUCUGCAAGCACCGCUGCAGUGUCUGCUUCAGCCACUGCGGUCGCCGAGAACUGCCACACACACUCGAAUGGCGACGUCCACUGCAGUGAAGCCACGGCAACGGUAUCUGAGUCCGCGAGCGCGACAGCUGCGAGUGCAGAGGCCAGUGCGACGGAGAGCGCGAGCGGUGAGAACUGCCAUACGCACGCCAACGGCGAGCUUCACUGCGUGUAA